GUUCCUCUAGCCAAAGCUGCGCAACCUGGUCCGGUAGUAGCGCCAAAUGCACUGGAACCACCUCAGCAGACGUCGGACGAGCGGCCCUCCGCUUCCGACGAGGACAGCGUACCGCUGCUGAAACAGGCCUGCGACAUGACAGCAUCACCCACGCCCACGCAGACGACGCCAGAGCAGCAGCUGGCGGCGGUUUGGGCACUGAGCUCCCCAAUGGCCUCGACGGCACCCAACCUACCACGACAAGGACCGCAGAACAAGCAGCGGACGCCAGUGGCGCAGCAGAGCAAGUUCCGCAAGGGCGCCAAGAGGACACGCGAGCAGGAGGAAGAGGAGGAGCUAUGGAUGGAUUCGGAGCUCGACGAAGCGACAAUCCGCCGGACACUGCGCACGCUGAUCAGAGCGGCAUCCAGGCACGAGCAACAGCUGACAUCCUUGGAAGCAGACAGGAGCUAUGUUCUCUUCCUGGAAGCCGGCAACCAUGGCAUGAUCAACAUGCUGAUUCAAGCCAGCCAGGCAUGGCGCCAACAGUACGAGGCAGGCACGGUGACGACAGCCAGACUUACCAAAAUCGAGCAGGACACCCAAGCCCUCCAAACAGCGGAAACGGCCAACUGGAUUUCGCAGACUCCGCUCCAGUGGUUGUACACAGAGUGGAACGCGGAGCAGAAGAAGGCCCUGCCAUCAAGCAAGCGGGCGAUCGAAAGCGGCGGGC